AUGCAGCAGCUUUCCGCAGAGCUGUCCUCGGUUCAGAAGCUAGAGAAGGAGAAACAGGCCCUACUUCCGAUUUGGAUGACGAACCCGCCCAAGGAUCAAGGGACAACCAAGAAGAAACCGGAUCUGUCGGAAAGCCUACAGAUCCUCUCAGAUGGUUUGGUAUCCUUGUUCCGCCCGCACUACGUACUGCGCAAUCGACAUUUGUAG